AUGUUAGCUGAGUUCAGCAUCUGGACCCGGGAGGCCGGGGGCUGGGGUCUUUCCAUCGCCGUGGAAGGUCCCAGCAAGGCGGAGAUCACCUUUGAGGACCGGAAGGACGGAUCCUGCGGUGUGGCCUACGUGGUACAGGAGCCUGGCGACUACGAGGUGUCAAUCAAGUUCAACGACGAGAACAUCCCCGACUCGCCGUUCGUCGUCCCCGUCGCCACGCUGGCGGACGGCGCCCGGGCUCUCACCGUCACCAGCCUGCAGGAGAUGGGUCUGAAGGUGGGCCAGGAGGCGUCCUUCGCGGUGCAGCUGAACGGAGCGCGGGGAUUGGUCGACGCUAAGGUCCACACGCCCUCGGGGGCGAUCGAGGAGUGCCACGUCACCGAGCUCGACAGCGACCAGUACGCCAUCCGCUUCAUCCCGCGGGAGAAUGGCGUCCACUCCAUCGACGUGCGUUUCAACGGCAGCCACGUCCCGGGGAGCCCCUUCAACGUCCGCGUGGGCGACCCGGGCCAGGCCGGGGACCCGGGCAUGGUGUCGGCCUUCGGACCCGGGCUGGAGGGGGGGUCCACGGGCGCGGCGUCGGAGUUCUUCGUGAGCACGUGCAACGCGGGCUCGGGGGCCCUGUCGCUGACCAUCGACGGGCCCUCCAAGGUGAAGAUGGACUGCGUGGAGUGUCCCGAGGGGUACAGGGUCACCUACACCCCCAUGGCCCCGGGGAGCUACCUCAUCUCCAUCCGCUACGGGGGCCCACGCCACAUCGUGGGGAGCCCCUUCAAGGCCAAGGUGUCAGGUGCCUGUCUAUCCGGGGGCCACAGCCUCCACGAGACCUCGUCCGUGCUGGUGGAGACGGUGACCAAGUCCUCGCAGGCUGCCAUCGGGGGCGGCUUCCCUUCGCUGCCAAAGUUCUCCUCCGACGCCAGCCAGGCCGUCUCCAGGGGGGCGGGGCUCUCCAAGGCUUUCGUGGGCCAGAAGAACAUGUUCACCGUGGACUGCAGCAAAGCAGGUACCAACAUGCUGAUGGUGGGCGUGCACGGGCCCAAGACGCCGUGCGAGGAGGUGUACGUGAAGCACAUGGGCAACAGGAUGUACAACGUGACGUACACGGUGAAGGAGCAAGGCGACUACAUCCUCAUCGUCAAGUGGGGCGACCACAACGUGCCGGGCAGCCCCUUCCACGUCACCGUGCCCUAGGACAAACCCAAGGGAGCGACACGCUUUGUGUAUUUGAGUCCUUUUUUUUUAACUUCCCUUCUGUACCUCGACAAGCAGAACCGGGGAAGCCGUUCAAACCGUUCAUUAAUUUCUCUGAUUUCAUUUCCCUUUUAUUUGGGUUAACCCUGGCCAGAAUAGCAGAAGUUAAAACUCUAAUUGUGUCUGAGCUAGGAAGGUCAGGAGGGGGUGUGAAGCUGUAAUGCGGUGUAAACAACGUUGUUUUUGUUUCUUUGGAAACGGAUACUAAACUCUUUCUACGGAAACCUAGACUCCGGCAAUACAAAGCUCAUUGAUCGAACGCCCUGGUACCAAGUUAAAUUCCUUCAUCAGCAAUAAACUCAGAGGAUUCGCAGUAAGGACUGAAAACAGGUGUAGCUCAUUUAGGUAAAGUGGUGUGUAGGCAUGACUGUGGCCAUAAUUAACAUCAUGAGGUACACCUGUGUUCACCCUGACUGUGACGACUCUGAGACAAAGGCCUGUUGGGUAAGUUGGAGAACUCGGUUCAGAUUGACAUUUUUACUUACUACUUUCUUUGUCUACAUGCUAGUUAUUCAAAUAAUCCCACAAUGUGUGACCGGGGGACGAGUUGGGUUAAAACUACACAUGAAACAUACAUGCUUUUGCAUACGUGCUCUUGUGACCCUUUGUUAUUUUAUUUAUUCAGAGCCUAUCGUUUUCUUUGACAGAAUGUCCAGUUGAACUAAAGUGCAGUCAAUCUUCUGACGGUUUGUUCUAUCAGUGUGAACUAGCAAGGUGAGAUGUGUUCUUUGUUUAGUUUCUUUUUUUUGUAACCGAACAGGAUUGGGACACGACAAUCGAUUCAAUGUGUGAACGCUGGAAAAAAAACAAAACAGUGAUACGAUAUCAUAGAGUGAUGUUUUAUAGUUAUUUUAUAUGUAUCAAAAAUUAUUAAAAAAAGAAAAAAAAAUCUGAAUACGUUUGAUAUUGUAAUCCAAUAUUUUGGCAAGAUUGUGCAGGCAUAAUAAUAAUAAUAAAAUGUUUCAAUGCAAA